AUGUACGGGUGUAUAUACCCCGAUGAGGCUCACUUUUUCACUGUUUCCUUUUUUCUCUCCACUUCCUACCACCAACAAACCAAAAUGCCUCAGAACGAGUACAUUGAGCAGCACAUCAAGCAGCAUGGUAGAAGACUCGAUCAUGAAGAGAGGAAAAGAAAGAGAGAGGCCAGAGAGGGCCACAGAGUGGCUAAAGAUGCACAGAAUUUGAAGGGAUGGAGAGGUAAGCAAUUUGCCAAAAAGAGAUAUAGCGAAAAGGUGGCCAUGAAGAAGAAAAUCAAGGCGCAUCAAGAAUCCAAGGUCAAGGGACCAUCGACUCCAAAGCAAGACGAUGGCGAGGCUCUUCCAACGUAUUUGUUGGAUCGUCAAACGAACAAUACCGCCAAGGCCAUCUCUUCUUCCAUUAAGCAGAAGAGAAUGGAGAAGGCAGACAAAUUUUCUGUUCCAUUACCUAAGGUGAGAGGUAUUUCUGAAGAGGAAAUGUUUAAGGUGAUUAAGACUGGAAAAUCGAAGCACAAGUCUUGGAAGAGAAUGAUCACCAAACACACUUUUGUCGGCGAAGGUUUUACACGUAGACCGGUCAAGAUGGAAAGAAUCAUCAGACCUUCCGCCUUGAGACAGAAGAAAGCCAAUGUGACCCACCCAGAAUUGGGAGUCACGGUGUUCUUGCCAAUUCUUGGAGUCAAGAAGAAUCCACAGUCUCCAAUGUACACUCAGUUAGGUGUUUUAACUAAAGGUACCAUCAUUGAAGUGAACGUUUCCGAGUUGGGUUUGGUGACUGCUGGUGGUAAGGUUGUUUGGGGUAAGUAUGCGCAAAUCACUAAUGAGCCAGACAGAGACGGCUGUGUGAAUGCAGUUUUGUUGGUUUGA